UUAUCGUGCGUCCCUACAAGUCAUGCUGUAUCAUGGCCAACUGCUGUGCCGCCUGCUAACGCGCUGCCUGCACACAACACACGCUCAAUGGCAGCUCAACCAUUACGAUGCCCUGGGCAUUGGCAAACGCUCCACACAGAACGAAAUCAAGGCGGCUUACUAUAAGCUCUCCAUGAUCUACCAUCCGGAUCGCAACAAGGGCAGCGAAAGCGCAGCCAAAAAGUUUCGCGAGAUCAGCCAGGCCUAUGAGGUACUUGGCAAUUUUCGGCUGCGACGCCUCUACGACAAAGGCAUUGUGCACACAGCCGGUGCCCAAUACGCGCAGGAUAUACCCGAUGUGGAAGUGAAAGUCGAAGAUGACGCAGAGACCAAAUUCUAUAAGUCUCGCUUUAAGAAGUCCAAGGUGGCCGAUGCUGAAGGACGCACGCCCAUCUACGAUUUCGAUGAAUGGAGUAGGGCACACUAUGGCAAAAGCUUUGAACGACGCCAGGCGACGCAGGCCAAGCACGAGCGAUUGCGUAUGCAAAAGGAGCAGAGUAGAGUAUCUAUUGAAAAUGAUCUAGUUAUGUUUGCCUUUAUAUUUGCGGGCAUAGCCAUGUACCUGAUGUUUAUGGCUGAGACAUCAUACGAUACGCCCAAGCGCAGGGCGGAGGAUCGUUACAAGCAAGACCAGGAUCAGAAGGCAGUACCAGUUGCCACAUCAACUGACGAGGUGUAGCCAAAAAGCAGAGUCUAGUUCACUUUAGUAUAGGUUUAAGCUUAACUGUUUAAAAUAAAUACGCAAAUUGUACAUUAAAC